CCGGUAACGGCAUGCAGGAGGCCGCCGCUCAAUCUCCCGCGCCCGCUGGGCCCCAAUAUGCUCCGUGGUUUACCUGGCUCACUGACCCUUUUGGUGCUGCCUUCAACGACCUCGGCGAGGCCGCCCUAUACGACAUGGCCGACGCGCCAGGUGUGCCCGGAAAUGCUCGGUGGUUCACACCCUGGACAAUAGACCCUUUUGGUGUUGCCUUCAACAACCUGGAGACCGCCCCACACAACACGGGGGUGCCCCAGUAGGAGCAGGGGCAAAGCACGAACGGUGUGGUGAGUGAAGGGCUUGUCCGCCAGCGCACCCCAGGAUUACUGUAGAAACUAUCAUAAGGGGGGCGGUUGAACGGUGUGAGCGAUAGGCUUGUCAGCCAGAGCGCCUGAGGACGAGAAAUCAUAAUCACAUUAGUUUAGGGAGGGGGGAGGUAACGUCGUGAUGUUGUUGGUAGGUUUCGUGAGCUAUGGCAACAAACCAAGGGGCGUGCGGGGCUACGCGAGAUGCCUCGUGCCCCGUUCAUCCUCUCUGCCGUUAUCGACAUUUUAUUAUUGUUUGGCCCAAUUUUUUGCACCAGUUUCGGUUUCGUGCACAACUAGCAGCGGCAAGCAGGUGCUCUUGUCGGACAGAGUCAGCACGGAGGAGGUUGACUCUUCGAUCAUUUGGUCAAGAAAUAUAAUAGCCUGUUGUGUCAGCGUUGUCUACAGUCUUGCUAUGUACGUAAUUAAGUUGCUGCUCUUCCAGCAGUAGGUUCUUUCCAUGUCGGGGGGAUCAUGUUGCUCUGAAGUGAUGCGCAUGUAUCGGUGGUUUUGCGGCCUUUCAUCUCGUGGUGCGCCGUUUUGCAGUUUGACCCUGUUGCGCGUGUGGUGUCCGCGUUGGAUUGAUCCUACUGUAGGAAUGAAGUUGAAGCAGCUAACAACGCGAACCCCGGGGUUCGUCCCCAAACAACAUGGGAGCCAAAAACUUCAGAGAGGCUUGAUUGCGAACGAGCGAUGCACGUUCUACGCUAUACCCUUGAGUUUCCCUAGCGGGAACAAGCUUGCUAUUACCACCGGUUCGGUGUACGUCGUCGAAGAAACGAAAUUCAUUAAACCUCCUCCACCCGGGGUAAUCAUGACACCCAAAAGCUCCAAACUAGCUUGACGAGAUUGAGCCCAAUGCACGCGGCGCGAGCACUCACCACUGCACCGCAUCGUUCUUCUGGCAUGAUUACAAACGCCCUACUCAGCAAGAUAGAGCUUGAUCGGCGUUUCCUGCGCCUCAAAGGCCAAAUCCGUGGCGUCUACGAGAUUUCCUCAAAUCAAAACUGUCUUAUGUAGGCCGCGUAGUGUGAAUCCCUUUCAACAGUGCGCUGUGGGUUGUCUACCUAGCUCCGUUUCUUUCGCUAUAUUAUCAAGAUUCGAUCACUACUGAGCAGACAACGACACCACACCGUUGUGGAAGCCGAGAAUAAGUGAGUGCUUCCACCGUCCCCUGCAGCCGUCGUGCUCGCAACUAGCAGCACCUAUGCAUGCAUACGUACGCAUUUAUACCAGAAACAACCGUUCUGUAGUGCGGGGCCUGUAUUUCCCGUUGAAUUGGCCCACCGCCAGGCGUUUGACAUAGAAUAGCCCGAAACAACGCCAGCGUUGUGUGUUAUCGUCGCCUCCGUCUCGCGGUCAUUCGGCAUUCGGCGGCGCACGCAUGCGAUGAAAGUGUUACCGUAGAAACAAGUCAGUCGAGCCCGCGACUGCAUUUGUGCAUGAUCGUUCCUGACACACGCCGAAUCUUUUGGCGCUCCGGCGGCUUCACGUUUUUCGAGUACAAUGAAAAACGUGCUGCCUAUUGCGUGACAUAUUGGUGCGUUAACUCUAAUGCACGCCGAGAACCACCCCCGCUUGUGCGCGGUCAUUCAAGGUGAGAGUUCCAUAAACGACGAUGAAACUUACAGAUCAUUUGCACGCCGUCCUUCAUUUGCCCAUCCAUGUUCCUUUUGCAUUUUGCCAAGCAGCUGCUUCGUCUGCGUCGACUAGCUUCCAUGCCCCGUUUGUUUGUUAUCUCUUCCCUCCCGUCCCCUUUUACGCCAGUGUUGCUCUUGCUGUCCCCGUUGCUGCUGUUACCGUUACCGACAAAUACCAAUGGGACAAAUACCGACCUGUUUGGAUAGCGACUCGCUACAACCCUCGGCAAAACAGGCGGUGCUGCCAACAUACUGAUUGAGCGUCGCCGAAUGGCUAAAGGAAACUCGCGCCGUUCCAUCGCUCUCUUCCGUCCACCACAUUUGUCAAAUAAAUACGACCAACUCCCCGAGUAAAAAUACCGUAGCUAUUCCGUCUACACACCGAGCAGAUGCCCGAAAAUACUAAGCGGACGCCCAACAAAGCCCGCCGCACAACACCGACGAAACCACCGAACAGGUCGCCUAUGUGUCUACUGCCUCUGGCCCUCUGGACACAUGAUGCCUAUAAACACAAGAAAAUACGAGGCUAUCCAGAGCAGCAACACACCGCAAGCACCGAACACCCAAGGGCAGCUGAUUUAGCUGAGGGCUCUUGCCACUAUCCAUCCAUGCCGUUGCCCGGCCCCCGCUGCCUCCCUAGCCCUCCCGUCGCGAAACGAGGAACACCCACCCACCCAUACGCUGGAAAUACUGAUCUAAUAGCACACAACGACCUCGUACUUCGAAAUAAAAGGCAAAUUCUUAAAUAGCAGGUCUUUCAAUGCGUAACGAGGUGCGUGUGGACAGACGGACCUACCUGCCUACCUACCUGCAGCACACGACCAAGGACCCCCUUUCGGAUCGUUCUGAGAACACCGCAUGCCCCCCUGCCUGCGACAGUCCUGCGAAGAAUCCUUGUCCCGAUAACAGCGCCGCCCCCGCUUCGUUACAACAAACUCUCUCGACGUUACGUGCGAUAGCAGACCCCGACCACCAUCCGUGCGAGCGGGCAAGAGAACGCGGAUAAAAACGUGCUCUAGCUAUCCCCCCGGCCGUCUCAAUUAUCCUUCUUGCUUACGGAUCCCUUUCUCUCUCUCUCUCUCUCCGGCAACUAGUAAACGCACCGUCGAGGGACAGACACCCAGACGCCAAUAAAUACGACGCCCUAUGUUUGCGUGCGCAGCGUGGAAGUCCUACGAAGUGUCUUGCCGAGACCACACCCUUCAGAAAAUACUUUACAAGCUCGGAAACAUUUCCUUGCGGUCUCCUUCCGACCUUGCUCAGUCGCUUCCGGACAAGAUGGUCGUCUCGACGAGGUGCGGGAGCCGAUACAACCAGCCGUCGCCGUCCGGUCAUGCUCUGGGAAAUCUCUCAUUCUCUCUCGCUCAGUCUUCGAUGAAACCACCUCCUUUGUCAGCCUUGGGCUGACUAAAGUAAGGUGGUGGGCCCUCAAGAACGCCGUUUGCGUGGCGCCAGCGGCCCUGCAUAGCGCCGGCGUCCUGUCCUUUGAAUACCGCCGAUCAUUUCGUCAGGCGGCACAUGUCGGCCUGAGGCCCCACUAUACUGAAUUUCGUCCCCGUGGCCCCGUACCGUAAAUGGGAACGUCAGGCCGCCCGAAAGACAUGAUUGCUAAAAAAUGGACAGGUGAGGCACACCCAUUCCUGCGAG